AUGGCCGCUGUCGAGCAGGAUCCUUUGCUCCUGCUGCGGCAAUCCAUCGCAUCCAAGCGACCUGCAGUCCCAACAGCAUCCGCCGACGCUUCUGCACCCGAGGUGCCCCUCUCGAAAGCCACUCAUUUGCUGUUCUCCCAUCCAGUCCCCGUCUCAGUAUCUCUUUAUACGCCUACACGCUUCAUCUCUAGCGACCGCCCCGUCGACUUACGAUCCAUCUACUUCGCGUGGCUGAAUAAGGAUGUUGCCAUUCCCGAGUACAAUGCAAGUGCGACUCGUCUCAACGAGGAGUUAGGCAGCCUCGGCAAGGUCCAGAAUCUUGCCUUCGUCGAACGUCUGGAUCUGUUCACCUGGUUGGAAGGUGCUAGUGAGGAGAGUGAACACAUCAAGCCUUUGGCUGGCGACAAGGAAGGCAAGGAGGGGGCUGGCGGGAGCGCGUCCAAGACUGCUCCGGCGACGGCGGCGAGCCGAGCUGGACGUGGCACGUUGGACCCCCGACUGGCGGUCAUUUACAAUGGGGAGCGCAAGAUGGGGGACCGCAACUCCGUAUUGCGCGGAGUGAAGCCUACAGACUUCUCCCAUGUCCGUAAACUCGCUGUUCCGUUUGUCCAGAAGAAGCCUCACGGUGCAUCGAGCAUCGGCACAAACCCGUCGCUCCCUAUCAAUCAGAAGCCUCCGACGCGUCGGCCGGAUCCCAUCAUCCUCCUAUCGCCGUCCGCGUCGUCCUUGCUUCGCCUGUCCAAUAUUCGAUCCUUCCUCGAAGGAGGCCGUUAUGUGCAACCUGAUGGCAGCGCCGCUGCCAGCAUGUUGCACGUCUCUCGCAUCAUGAAGGAUAUUGACCCCUCGCGGCCCAUGCGCUUCAUCCUCGUCGAAGGCCCCGAACAGUUCAAGCCCGAGUACUGGAACCGCGUCGUCGCCGUGUUCACUACGGGUCAGUCGUGGCAGUUCAAGAACUAUAAGUGGAGCUCUCCUCCAGACCUGUUCCGCCGCAUACUGGGCAUCUUUAUCGGCUGGCGUGGUGAGCAGCCGCCCGACAGCGUCAAGGAGUGGGGUCACCGUGUGUUGCAACUGGGCGUCGACAGAUGGCGCGACGGUACUGGAGCUCAGGAGGCUGCGAAGUUCAGAGACAAGGAGGCUGCAGAGUCAGUCUGGAGGGCCAUUGAGGCGAACAUGAAGAACAAGGGAUGGACGAAGACCACCGCGCCCACCCAGCUAUAA